GGCUGCUCGAGCGUCGGCAUCGACGCUCAGCACCAUCUCUCGGACGAGUAGAUGUGCGCGAACACUGCGACCUGUUGUUAUCUCAGGUCAAGGCACCACCCAGCGAUGGAUUUCAUCUACAUCGGUCAAGAUGAGUGAGGAGGCCGCGCUCAAGGAAACAGCGAACAGCCAGCAAGUGACGGAACCGAGCACUCUUCCUGAGGCAGAAGAGGUAGACCGGGCCUCGUUUGCAUCGUUGAAGGAUAAGAUCUCGCUCCCGACCUGGACGGCUAUAACAGAGAGGCCCUUCCAUCUCAAGACCAUGUCGCCUGUCCAAGAAGCUGUCUUGCCUCUUUUGCCGCAGCUCGCCGAGCCGUUCGUGGAAGCGGGCACGGGGAAGCGACCGGCUCGAGACUUACUCGUGCGGGCCAAGACGGGAACCGGAAAGACAUUGGCCUUCCUUGUGCCUGCAGUCGAGGCGCGGCUGAAGGCUAUCGAAGCUGCUGGCAACCAGGGAGUGCAGGACGCGGGUCUCGUUCAGGACAAGAAACUGGAAGUACGCGUGCAACGGGUGUACGCCCGCACCCAAAUCGGUACAAUCAUCAUCAGUCCUACGCGUGAGCUGGCAACGCAGAUUGCGAAUGAAGCCAUGCGGUUGACGCAACACCACGACGGCUUCGAGGUCAGGUUGUUCAUCGGCGGUGCUAGCAAGGUUCGCCAGAUGCGGGACUUCAUGAAGGGCAGACGCGACAUCGUUGUAGGGACACCUGGCCGACUUCGAGAUCUCCUGGAGAAUGAGCCGGAGUUCACCAAGGCUGCAUCGCAAGCUAACAUGCUGGUUCUGGACGAAGCGGACACACUCCUGGAUAUGGGCUUCCGGGAUGACCUCGAGGCGAUCAUCAACUACAUGCCAAAGCAGCCACUGAGGCAGACGUUCAUGUUCUCGGCUACGGUCUCGACGGAAAUUCGGCAGAUUGCACGCGCGGCGCUGGACAAGAACCACGUCUUCAUCGACUGUGUCUCCGACGACGCCCCGCCCACACACGCACACAUCCCGCAGUACCACACCGUACUCCCGAACGCCGGGGAACAGCUACCUCACCUCCUCCGCCUGCUUGCGCAUGACCAGCUGACCAAUGAGAAGUCGAAGAUCAUCAUGUUCUUGCCCACCACAAAAAUGACGCAGCUCUUUGCGACCGUCAUCCGGCAGCUGGGGGCGACGUGCUUACCCUCUGGCAAGCAGACGAAGAUCUUUGAAAUACACUCCAAGCGUAACCAGGCUACCCGUGAUAACACAUCCAGAGACUUCCGUAAUGACAAGUCUCGUGCCUCCAUCCUGAUCUCGUCAGACGUGUCUGCCCGUGGCGUUGACUACCCUGGCGUCACACGUGUAAUUCAAGUUGGUGUCCCCACGAGCUCUGACCAGUACAUCCACCGUGUUGGUCGCACCGGUCGCGGUAUGAACACGGUUGGACGUGCGGACAUCGUCCUUCUUCCAUGGGAGGUCGGCUUUGUUACCUGGCAAUUGACGCAUAUCCCGCUCAAGCCACUCACCACAAACGAGCUCAAGAAGCAAGUGACGGAGCUCGCUAAGACGUACGAUGCGACCGCUCCUUUGGAAGUCAAGGAGCAGCGCAACGUCUUGGACAGGAGGGGUUAUCCGAUGCCCCAACCCAUCUGGCCCUACUCGCCUGCGCACGAGAAAUUCAACGAGUCCAUUACGUCCUUCGUCGAGAAAAUUGACGAGGAAGCUGUCAAGGAGGUCAUGAUGUCGAACUUGGGCUACUACAUUGGUCGCAGCGGUGACCUGCGCGUACAGCGCAACGUCGUCGUCGAGGGUGUCAAGGACUGGACCGUCAAGACCAUGGGUUUGCCUGCUCCUCCAUACGUCUCCCCCGCCUUCCUGGCGAAGCUCGGUCUCGCUGGAGGUGAUGAAGGGCGCAACAACCGUAGCCGAGACUCUCCUUCCAGCUUCAGCCGUCCCGGCCAGCGUUCUUGGGAGGGAAGGGGCUCACAGCGUUCUUGGGAGGGAAGAGGCUCACAGCGGUCUGAUCGACGAAGUGACGAUCGCGAACGUGGCGACAGCCGCGGUCGUUUUACCAACGACAGACACGACAGACGUCAGCAAUCGUCGGAGAGGGACCGGCAUUCGUUUUCUGACAGGGAUCAACGUUCGUUCUCAGACAGGGAUCAACGUCCCCAGUUUUCCGAAAGGGACCGACGUCCGCAGUUUUCUGACCGACGUCAGCAACCGUACGAGCGGGAGCGCAGGCCACGUUCUUUCGGUGUGGCGGAGUAAGCCACCGCAAAAUCUACGACAGGCCGAUCCUGUUGUCGCUUGACAGGGUAUACGGAUUCACGGGGACAUUGACAUGAAGUCGCUCGUGCUGUUGUGUAUGCUGCUCCAUCGUGCUGCAUUGUAUAAUAGUAUGGUAUCCACGCGCAUGCAUGUAAUCUCGUCGCAUAUCUUUUGCACAUAGACACGACUCCUUAGUAA